AUGCAGCCCUGGCAGUGCCUCCGGCGCUUUGCCCUGGCCUGGUGGGAGAGGACCGCUGAGGGCAGCUCCCGAUCUCCCAGGGAGGAGGCCGGACCGAAGGACCCCGGGGGCCGAAGGGAGCCAGAUCCGGAGCGGAGCAGCCCCCCCAUGCUGUCUGCGGACGAUGCCGAGUACCCGCGGGAGUACCGGACCCUGGGGGGCGGGGGCGGUGGGGGCAGCGGGGGCCGGCGCUUCUCCAACGUGGGGCUGGUGCACACGUCCGAGCGCAGGCACACGGUGAUCGCAGCCCAGAGCCUGGAGGCGCUCAGCGGGCUCCAGAAGGCGGACGCCGAGCGCAAGCGCGAUGCCUUCAUGGACCACCUGAAGAGCAAGUACCCCCAGCACGCCCUGGCCCUGCGCGGCCAGCAGGACCGGAUCCGGGAGCAGGUUGGCGGCUGGACCGUGGACCCCGUGUGCCUUCUCAGCUCCCUCUGCUCCCACCUCCAUGGCGACUCCGCCCCCUCCGGGGCUGGCCAGCCGGCCCAGCAGCCAAACUACUGGAGUUUCAAGACCCGCAGCUCACGCCACACUCAGGGAGCCCAGCCAGGGCUGGCAGACCAGGCAGCCAAGCUGUCCUACGCCUCAGCUGAGUCGCUGGAGACCAUGUCGGAGGCCGAGCUGCCUCUGGGCUUCAGCAGGAUGAACCGCUUCCGACAGAGCCUGCCCCUCUCCCGAUCUGCCAGCCAGAGCAAGCUGCGCUCACCAGGGGUGCUAUUCUUGCAGUUCGGGGAGGAGACUCGGCGCGUGCACAUCACGCAUGAGGUCAGCAGCCUGGACACGCUGCACGCGCUCAUCGCGCACAUGUUCCCGCAGAAGCUCACCAUGGGCAUGCUCAAGUCGCCCAACACCGCCAUCCUCAUCAAAGACGAGGCUCGCAACGUCUUCUACGAGCUGGAGGACGUCCGGGACAUCCAGGACCGCAGUAUUAUCAAGAUCUACAGGAAGGAGCCCCUCUAUGCCGCCUUCCCUGGCUCACACCUCACCAACGGGGACCUCCGGAGAGAGAUGGUGUAUGCGUCGAGGGAGUCGUCCCCCACGCGGCGCCUCAACAACCUGUCGCCCGCGCCGCACCUGGCCUCCGGCUCGCCGCCGCCCGGGCUGCCUUCCGGGCUGCCCUCGGGCUCCCCGUCGCGCUCGCGCCUCUCGUACGCCGGGGGGCGCCCGCCCUCCUACGCGGGCAGCCCGGUGCACCACGCGGCCGAGCGGCUGGGGGGCGCGCCCGCCGCGCAGGGCGUCAGCCCCAGCCCCAGCGCCAUCCUGGAGCGGCGGGACGUGAAGCCGGACGAGGACCUGGCGGGCAAGGCGGGGGGCAUGAUGCUGGUGAAGGGCGAGGGCCUCUACGCCGACCCCUACGGGCUGCUCCACGAGGGCCGCCUGAGCCUGGCCGCGGCCGCCGGCGACCCGUUCGCCUACCCGGGGGCCGGCGGCCUCUACAAGCGCGGCUCGGUGCGCUCGCUCAGCACCUACUCGGCCGCCGCGCUGCAGUCCGACCUGGAGGACUCCCUGUACAAGGCGGCGGGCGGCGGGCCGCUCUACGGCGACGCCUACGGCUUCCGCCUGCCGCCCUCGUCGCCGCAGAAGCUGAGCGACGUGGCCGCGCCCCCCGGAGGCCCCCCGCCGCCGCACAGCCCCUACUCCGGGCCACCCAGCCGCGGCUCGCCGGUCCGCCAGUCCUUCCGCAAAGACUCGGGCUCCUCCUCGGUCUUCGCGGAGAGCCCGGGGGGCAAGGCCCGCAGUGCCGGGGGCACCUCCGCCGCCGGGGUCCCCCCUCCCGAGCUCUUCCCCGGGCCUGGGGAGCGCCCGCUCGUGGGGUUCGGGCCGCCGGUGCCAGCCAAGGACACAGAGACCAGGGAGCGCAUGGAGGCCAUGGAGAAGCAGAUUGCCAGCCUCACAGGCCUGGUGCAGAGCGCCCUGCUACGAGGUUCGGAGCCCGAGACCCCCAGCGAGAAGAUUGAAGGCUCCAAUGGAGCAGCCACGCCCUCAGCACCCUGCGGGUCAGGCAGCCGGAGCAGCGGGGCCACCCCAGUGUCCGGCCCUCCCCCACCCUCAGCCAGCAGCACCCCCGCGGGGCAGCCCGCCGCCAUCAGCCGUUUGCAGAUGCAGCUGCACCUGCGUGGCCUCCAGAGCAGCACCAGCGACCUGCGCGGCCAGCUGCAGCAGCUGCGGAAGCUCCAGCUACAGAACCUCGAGUCGCUGCGCGCGCUGCUGAAGGGCACGGAGGCGGAGCUGAGCAUGCGCGUGUCGGAGGCGGCGCGGCGGCACGAGGACCCGCUGCAGCGACAGCGCACCCUGGUGGAGGAGGAGCGGCUGCGCUACCUCAACGACGAGGAGCUCAUCACCCAGCAGCUGAAUGACCUGGAGAAGUCGGUGGAGAAGAUCCAGAGGGAUGUCUCCCACAACCACCGGCUGGUGCCGGGGCCCGAGCUGGAGGAGAAGGCGCUGGUGCUGAAACAGCUCGGGGAGACUCUGACCGAGCUCAAGGCUCACUUCCCAGGCCUACAGAGCAAGAUGCGGGUCGUGCUGCGUGUGGAGGUGGAGGCCGUGAAGUUCCUGAAGGAGGAGCCCCAGCGCCUGGAUGGGCUGCUCAAGCGCUGCCGCGGGGUCACAGACAUGCUGGCCCAGAUCCGAAGGCAAGUGGACGAGGGUGUGUGGCCACCCCCCAACAACCUCCUGAGUCAGUCCCCUAAGAAGGUGACAGCCGAGACUGACUUCAACAAGAGCUUGGACUUUGAAAUGCCACCCCCCAGCCCUCCGCUGAACCUCCAUGAGCUGAGUGGGCCAGCGGAGGGAGCCCCUUCGACCCCCAAGGGGGGCAACCCCACCAAAGGCCUGGACGCCCUUGGCAAGAGAAGCGUGGACAAGGCUGUGUCUGUUGAGGCUGCGGAGCGGGACUGGGAGGAGAAGCGGGCGGCCCUCACCCAGUACAGCGCCAAGGACAUCAACCGGCUGCUGGAGGAGACGCAGGCGGAGCUGCUGAAGGCCAUCCCUGACCUGGACUGUGCGAGCAAGGCCCACCCAGGCCCCGCCCCGACCCCUGACCACAAGCCCCCCAAGGUCCCCCACGGCCAGAAGGCAGCCCCCCGCACGGAACCCAGCGGAAGGAGGGGCUCAGAUGAGCUGACGGUGCCCCGGUAUCGCACGGAGAAGCCCUCCAAGUCACCCCCGCCUCCCCCUCCCCGCCGGAGCUUCCCCUCCUCCCACGGCCUGACCACCACACGCACCGGAGAGGUGGUGGUCACCAGCAAGAAGGACUCGACUUUCAUCAAGAAGGCGGAGUCCGAGGAGCUGGAGGUGCAGAAACCCCAAGUGAAGCUGCGCCGGACCGUGUCCGAGGUGGCCCGCCCGGCCUCCACCCCGCCCAUCAUGGCCUCUGCCAUCAAGGACGAGGACGACGAGGACCGCAUCAUCGCGGAGCUGGAGGUGUUUGAGAGAAGCUCAGUGGCUUCCCUCCCCCCCACGCCCUGCCGCCAGCCGAUCCCUACCUUGCUGCCCCCCCAGGACUCAGGGCCCCCCGGGGGCUCAGCCCCAGGCCCCACAUGGAAGAGUGGCGGAGGCAGCGUGCCGCCCAUGAAGGUGGUGACUCCGGGGGCCUCUAGGCUGAAGGCAGCCCAGGCCCAGGCAGGCAGCCCCGACAAAGGCAAGCAUGGCAAGCAGAGGGCCGAGUACAUGAGGAUCCAGGCCCAGCAGCAGGCCACUAAACCAUCUAAAGAGAUGAGCGGGUCGAAUGAGACCUCAAGCCCAGUCUCAGAAAAGCCCUCGGCUUCCAGAACCUCUAUCCCCGUAUUGACUUCGUUUGGGGCAAGGAAUUCUUCCAUCUCCUUUUAG